CACCAAGAUCAUUUUCUUUAAUCACUUUGUCUUCUCGACUGUCUUCAGAGACUUUGAAGCGUUAAAAAAACACAUUAAUUUCACCACCUCUGCAAUAGAGAGAGAAUGCAGGGUAGUUUUAAAUAUUGUUAUCUGGACAUGUGCAUGGAGAACCACUGGAGGGCAGUGAUACUAAGACAGUAGCCAAAUAUACAUCGUAUCGUGAAUUCAACUGUCUUCAGAUAUUAGUUUCUCAUGUCUCAUCAUUGAUAUAACAAAACAAAAUGAAGACAGAAAUUUCUAGUCAGCAGCUGUCAUGUCAUUGGAAAUUAGACUGAAUUUACAGGGUUUGCAGAAAAACAAAAACAUGUGGGGAGGAACAUUUCAGUGCUGGUAAUGUGCACAGGUAAUUGUUCCAUUCCGUCCCGGUGUCUGCUCAGGGUGUCACUAGAGGGAUUCCCCACCGCAGUGCUGUGUGGGUGCUGAGUUUCACAGAAAUGAACACUCGCUUGCUCUACAUCUCCUUUACAUCUCCUCUUGAACUUCUCAGCGCUCAAGAGGCUCCUCCCUGUCACAAAUCAAGAUGUGAUAACAUUUAAGAGUAGGACACAGAGAGCUUGAAAACAGAUUUCGACAGUGGAGCUCACAUGAUCAAAGAGAUGAACUUGGAUGAGGACAGCGGCCUGUCAACCAGCUGCGGGAAUGGCAAACUGAGACAGUGGCUGAUUGAUCAGAUUGACAGCAAGAGAUAUCCUGGACUCGUUUGGGAAAAUGAUGAAAAAUCCAUCUUUAGGAUUCCCUGGAAACAUGCUGGGAAACAAGACUAUAACAGAGAGGAGGAUGCUGCGCUGUUCAAGGCGUGGGCAUUGUUCAAGGGAAAAUAUAAGGAGGGAAUCGAUAAGCCAGAUCCCCCCACAUGGAAGACCAGGUUGCGAUGUGCUCUAAACAAAAGUAAUGACUUUGAUGAGUUAGUGGAAAGAAGCCAGCUGGACAUCUCAGAGCCCUAUAAAGUCUACAGAAUCAUUCCAGAGGAAGUCAAAAAAGGAAUAAAGAUGGGCAAUAUUGAGGAGACACCAUCACAUGUAAAUUCCCUUGGAUAUAUUUCUCCAUAUGCUUCUCUCCACAACCAGGUACCUGGUUACAUGCUUUCUCAGGAGAGAAGGGACUGGAGGGAUUACUCACAACCAGAACAACAACCUCUUCCUCUUGCACAUCACCAUGGGCCACAUGCAGAGGUGCAGUAUAGUCAUGGCCACUACCCGUCACCUUUCAGCAGGGCUUGGCCUGGCUCACAUGCAGAAAAUGGUUUUCAGCUCUCCUUCCACACCUACUUUUCAGAGUCCCAACCGCCCUUGUAUUCGAUGGACCACAAUAAUGCCAUAACAGAUUUCAGCCUGCAUGUGUCCCUAUACUACAGAGAGUCUCUGGUGAAGGAGGUUACUACCACCAGCCCAGAAGGUUGUCAGAUCACCUCUUCUUCCUCCUCCUCUCCAUCCUCUUCCUCCUCUUCCUCCCCGUGCCCAGAGGACAAAUUUCACAGUGGGGCAGAAGUUAUCCUUUUUCCAUUUCCGUACCCUGAGUCUCACAGGCAGGGAGCUGAGAUGCUCCCUAAUGUACUGGAGAGGGGGGUGCUUCUGUGGAUGACGCCUGAUGGCUUAUACGCAAAGCGCCUCUGCCAGGGACGAGUGUACUGGGAAGGACCCCUGGCUCCGUUUAUGGAUAAACCCAACAAAUUGGAGAAGGAGCAGCCGUGCAAGCUGUUUGACACCCAGCAAUUCCUUAUUGAGCUUCAAGAUUUUGCCCAUAAUGGCCGACAUUUACCGAGACACCAGGUGGUGUUGUGUUUUGGGGAUGAGUACCCCGACCCCCAGAGGACAAGGAAGAUGAUCACAGUACAGGUGGAGCCAGUGUUUGCCAAAAAACUGGUGUACUAUUAUCAGCAGAACAAUGGCCACUACCUGCGGACUUAUGAUCACAUCCAGGAACAGAACACAUCUCCAGCGAUUGACUAUUCCUCCCAGAGACCCCUACAGCAUAUUCAGGAGUGACAAGCAUGCACACACACACCCAGCCACCCACACACACACACACACACACGCACGCACACACUCGCAAGAGGGCAUGAAUGUGAGUGUGAUCUGCUGGCCGUUUAUCAGGCUUCGUGACUGUAGUGCUGUGUACUGUAAAUGGCUGUCAUGAUGCAGAGGGGUAGAGAUGGGGAAGACCCUGUUGUUUUCACUUGCACACCUAUGCAUCGUAGUCUUUGUGUCUGUGGAGUAAUGCUUUCUUUUUUUUUUUCGUUUUUUGUUUUUUUAUUACUGUGAGAGUGCGAAGGAUG